AUGAAUUUACAAACACCUUCUCAAAUGUUUCAAACGUUAUCUUCAUUUUGUGACACUGUUUUAUCAAAUCAACCAUAUGACUCAAAAACACACAUGGGAAUGUAUUCUACAUGCAUAUUAUAUUCACAACAAACACAAGGAAAUGCACAAAAAUUAUUUCAAUUAAUUCAUCAAAAAUGUAUAAUGAAACUAAAAGUACUUUUAAAACAAACACAACAAAUAAAUUCAACAUUAGAUUUUUUACGUUUUUAUAUUACAAAUUACAAAUUAUAUUUUAUUGCAUGUCAAAAAAUCUCACAUGUAUUUUCUUAUUUAGAUCGUUUUUUUAUUAAACAACAAAAAGCCAUUAAUGGAGAAUAUUCUGAUCCAGUAUUUAAACAUUGUAUGUCAUUAUUUUGGUGUGACUUUCUUAGAGCUAAUGCUACAAAUAUUGUUGAAAAUACAAUGAAUUUAUUAUUAGCAGAAAGAAUUGAUAAUAACACACAAAAUAGAGAAUUAAUUAAUGGAAUAAUGUUAUUAUUUUUGUCAUUUUCUAAUUCAGAAAUAGUUACUGUUUCAUUAAUGAAUUUAAAUGUUUAUGAUACAUAUUAUCAAUCAGAAUAUAUUAAAGCAGCUCAAUCAUAUUAUAAAGAUUUAAAUAAUUAUUUUAAAAAUUAUGGUAUUACUGAAUUUUUAGAAAAAACUAUUGAAAUUAUUGAAUUAGAAAGACAAAGGUCUCAACUUUAUGUUGCUGCAAAUUUGCAAAGAGAAUUUGGAGAAUUUUUACAAAAACAAUUUAUUUCAGAACAAUGUAAAUUUAUUAUUGAAAAAAUGGAAAGUUUAUUAAAAACAAGAGAAAAAGAUGAUUUAAAAAAAUGUUUUACAGUUUUAAAAGAUGGAGAACAAAUUGAUUCAGCUAUUCCAGUAUUUGAAAUAUAUUGUAAACAAAUUGGAAUGGAAAAAGUAAAAUACAUUAUGUCAAUUCAACAAGCAUUUGAAAUUAUUAAAGUCAUUAUUGAAUAUUAUGAAGAUAUUACUAAUUUAAUUCAAGAAUGUUUUAGAAAUCAUCCAUCAUUUAAUGCAGGUUUUGGAAGAGCAUUUAGAGAAAUAAUUAAUAGUAAUGUUAAAAUUGCAAAUGGCGAAGAAAUGGAAAUAUUAAUUCCAGAAUAUUUAGCUAAAUAUUCUGACGUUGUUGUAAAGAAAUGUGUUGGUGUAGAUGAAUUAAAUAAUAAAUUAGAUCAAAUCUUCUGUAUUUAUGAUUUUAUUGAAAAUAAAGAUAUAUUUGAAAAUUAUUAUAUCAAAACUAUUGCUAAAAGAAUGUUACUUCGUGGAAAUAACGAUGAUCUAUCUCAAGAAAAUAUUGUUUUCGAUAGACAUAGAGUUAAAUUUUCUUCUACCUUUUCAUAUAAAAUACAAAAAAUGAUGUCUGACCUUCAAUUAUCACAAUCUCUUUCUAAUCAAUUUUUAGCUACUGUUAAUGUACCUUUCCCUUUCUUUGUUAAUGUCCUUCAAACUUCAAUUUGGCCAUUAGAACCGCAACAAUUUAUGUUUGAAUUACCUGAUGAAUUAAAAACAUCUCAUAUUUUCUUUGAAAAAUGGUAUAUUAAACAACAUCAAAGAAGAAAAUUACAAUGGCUUCAUCAAUAUACUCGUGGUAAAAUAAAAACUAAUUGUUUUAAUAAACCAUACAACUUAUUUGGUAGCGCUUAUCAAUUAAGUAUUCUUGUAUUAUUUAAUCAAAAAAAUGAAAUUACUAUUGAUGAAAUAUUUAAUACUAUUCAUUUAACAAUGGAUAUUAUAAAAAGUAUUAUUUCUUCUUUACAGUCAGUUGAUUUAAUCUCUGUUGAAGAUGGAAAUAUUGUUAAAAUCAAUAACUCAUUUAAAUAUGCUAAAACUAAAUUCGUUCUUCCUAUUCCAAAAGCUGUAGUUUUUAAACAAGAAAAAAAAGAAGAAGAAAGAGAAAUUACUGCAGAAAGAGUAGGAUUAAUUGAGGCUUGUAUAGUUAGACUAAUGAAAAAGAAUAGAAAAAUGCAACACAACGACUUAAUGCAGGCUGUAGUUACCUCAUUAUCAAGUAGGUUUAGGACUCCAAUUCCUUUAGUAAGGAGAACUAUUGAAUCUCUCAUUGAGAGAGAAUAUAUCUCAAGAUCAGAUGUGAGGAAAGACGAGUACAUUUAUAUUGAAUAA